GGGGCGGGCCCGGGCGGGCCGGGGAGGGGCGCUACUGUCCGGCGCAGUCUGUUCUCCUACUCUGUCGCUCUCCACCCCGGCACCUUGGGAAUGUGGAUUCCGGACUCCAGCGACCGCAGUUGAGCCAGCCUUGGCAAUCCUCCUGGACCACUUGCUGAGGAGCAGGAUCUCGCCGACGCGUCUGAGAGCAGGUCAGGAGCUAACUAGGUCUGCUUGGGCUUUUGGAGACGAAGACCCUUCAAGACCAAUGAUCAGAUGCCCCAGCAGCUGGCCAGAAGCUUCCAUUGAACAGGCCCUCAGGUGCACUGACAUCAGUGACCAUAAUUAAGCUCUGGAAUGAGCUCAGAAUGACGGAUAACAAGGAUUUAGAAGCUGAAAUCCACCCCUUGAAGAAUGAGGACAGAAAGUCACAGGAAAACCUGGGGAACCAAUCGAAGGAUGAAGAGAACUUGAAGAGCAAGCCUCUGCAGUCUCGACUGUCCCGAUGCCGCACGGUGGCGUUCUUCCUUUCCUUGUUUAUCUGUCUCUUUGUGGUGUUUGUCGUCUCUUUCAUCAUCCCAUGUCCAGACCGACCUUUGUCUCAGGGAAUGUGGAGGCUUGACUACAACACUGCAGUCCCGUAUGAAUUUCUGGCUAUGAGAGACGUAAACAGGGACAGGAUCCAGGACGUUCUCUUUCUCUAUAAAAACACCAACAGCAGUAACAAUUUCACCAGAUCCUGUGCUGAUGAAGGCCUUUCUGCUCCCUGUGCCUUUGUGGCUGCCGUGUCAGGGGCCAAUGGCAGCGUGCUCUGGGAGAGGCCCGUAGCCCAGGAUGUCGCCCUUGCGAAGUGCGCCGUGCCGCCACAGUCGGACAGUGAGGCGGCUUCUGCCUGUAUCCUCGUGGGGAGUCUAGGCUCUUCCGUCGCCGUCAACUUAUUCACAGGGGAAACCCUGUGGAGCCACUCCAGCAGUUUAGGCGGGAACGCUUCCAUCUUGAGCCCUCUGCUCCAGGUGCCCGACAUCGAUGGUGACGGUGCCCCAGACCUACUGAUCCUCGCCCGGGAGGGCCAGGAGGUCAGCGGGGCCAUCUAUUCAGGCAGCACCGGGGACCAGAUCGGCCACAGAGGCAGCCUUGGUGUGGAUGGAGACGGAGGCGCCCUCCUCCAUGUGACCAGAACGGGUGCUCACUAUAUUCUCCUGCCGUGUGCAAGCUCCCUCUGCGGCUUCUCUGUGAAGGGUCUCUAUGAGAGAUUUACUGGGAGAGAUGGCCAGUUUAAGGAAGACUCCUACUGGGAAAACCUGCUCAAUAGCUCUGCUCACCGGAGGCUUCUGCACAGCUCUGGAGCUAUUCGCUACCUGAUGAAUGUCCCGGGGAAAGCUGGCCAGGACGUGCUCCUUGUGAGCUCCGAGGCCUGUAUGUUGUUGGAUGGACAAGAUCUGAUGCCCAGGUGGACCCUUGGUGCAACUCAGGUUCUCAGAAAACCCAUCCUUGGCCACUACAAACCAGACACCUUGGCUGUGGUCAUUGAAAAUGGAACCAGCAUUGAUAGGAAGAUCCUACUUUUGGACCUCAGUACUGGAUCUGUGCUGUGGAGCCAGCCCCUCCCAAGCCUGCCUGGGGGCCCACCAUCCACAAGCCUGAUGACGGCAGACCACCGCUCAGCCUUCUUCUUCUGGGGCCUCCAUGAGCUUGUCAGCACCAGUGAGAUGGAUCCCCAAGACACGCAGCACAGCCUGUACAUGUUCCAUCCCACCCUGCCUGGCAUCCUGCUGGAGCUAGCCAACGUGUCUGCCAACAUCGUGGCCUUCGAUGCGAUCCUGUUUGAACCAAGCCGCCACGCUGCCUAUGUGCUCCUGACGGGCCCAGCAAGCUCAGGCAUGCCUGGCCUGGUCUCUGUGAUCAAACACAAAGUUCGAGACCUUGUCCCAGGCAGUCGAGUGGUCCACCUGGGUGAAGGCAGCUCAGACAGCGACCAGGCUAUCCGGGACCGGUUCUCCCGACUACGGUAUCGGAGUGAAUUGUAGGUGGUGGUACCUGGGGCACAUGGAAAGACUCCAACUGUGACAACAAAGCCUCCUGGAAAGCUGGCUUACCCUCAGCCUCCACGCCGACCUCACCGUUUGCCCUGGUGAUCCUGGUCCUCUGGGAGCUAUGGCCUUACCAGCUAUUCCCAAGGAUGAACACCUCCAAAUCUCCUGCCUAUACCAUGUCCUCCGUCAAAGGUCUCACUGUGUGGCCCGUGUGACCUGGUCAAGGCCAGUAGGCCUCCCUGGGCCAGUAUGGGCCGAGCCAGUCCUUCAGGAAGCCCCCCACUUAGUGCCUCCUUCCCCUCUCACUCUCCACUGGAGAAGCCGCUGCUGUGGGGUGCGCUGCUCCCGACCCCCACCUGUGACGUCCGUCCCUCUCCUUCCGGCCCGGCCCUCCCUUCGUCUGCACUGUCUCUCGGGAGUCAUGGAGCCCAGAGGGUGGUGGGCCCUGGGCAGCCUCAGGGCUACACCUGGAACCUGAGACUCUGAAGCUGCUCUCCCAAAGCAGAAGGGAGCAUGUCUCCUGGAAAGUGAGCAGCACGAGUUUUGCCAGCAGAAGGGGCCUGCAGUGGAGCCUGUGGGUGCACUUGAGGGGCCUGUAGAAUACAUGCUGACUCUGUCUCUCCCCUCAGUACACUGGACCUGCUGUCUGCACACAAGUCCCUGCGCCACCACCCCCUACCCCCCCAUCCCCCGAGCACAGCAGGCACGCCCCUUUUCCUACUCUCUGGUGCUUACCUGAUGCAGGUCUCACCUUGUGCCUUGUUGCUCCUGAGGCCCAAGGGCAACAGAGCAGCUCUGCCCAGAUCCCUAGCUCUGUAGCCAAAGCAGUCCCAUGACCCUAGCCACCAUGAAAAAUAACACAAUAAAUGAUUUGCACUGAUGGGGGAAAGCCCCAGUA